CACGACUAGUUUCAAUCUGUAACUACACAAAUCUGUUCGGACCAAGACAUUUUUUUUUCAAUAUGAACAAAAUAUUUGGUGUUAUUAUUUUAGAGGUAAUUCUCUCACAGGCCCUUGCCGAUGACCCACAUGAUUGGUAUCCCAAAAAUCCUGUAGCAGUGCAUGAAAAAUGCCGAGAAGAAAAUCCACUUACGGAAGAAAGUCGAAAUGAUCUGGAAAAAGGUAUUAUCCAUGCACAUCCUGAUUUGAUUGCUUUCUUCCUUUGCACUGCCAAGUCCAUGAAUUUCUAUACUACGCAGAAUGGAUUCGAUGCGAAUAGAUUGAUAUAUGCCUUAGAGAAAAUGGAUCUUUUACAUAAUCGCAACGCUGUCGAAGAGUGUGUCAAGAAGAAUAAGGAUGUUACUCCCGAAGAAACGAAGGUGUUUAAUGUAGCCAAGUGCAUUGAAGAUGAAAAUGUGUCCGGGGAAAAACAUUGAAAUUUGUUUGUUGAACAGAAAUUAAAUUCAUAAAAAAUAAUAAAUUGUGUGAAUUACUAGCUGA